AUGGCCUUUUUGGCUGCUUGCCUGCUUCUGCACUCCCGCAUCGCCGCACGAGCCAAUGCCGGCCACCUGGGCACCCGGCCGCACGGCACACAGCAGUACAGCACAGCAGUGGCAAAGCGCGCGACCGCACCUCCAGCCUCCACGCCGCUGCCGCCGCAGCUCCGAUCCCGCGGUCCCGCACAAUGCUCAACUGCACGCUCGGCCUCCAGGCAUGCAGAACCAGAGCAGAACCGGAUGGAGAGAAGAGAAGAUGAAAGAGAGCAGAAGAAGAAAUAUGAUAAAGAUGACAGUGGGCCUAAGGGCAAAAUGGUCUUUUUAUACCUCCUCUUUGCUGAAAAUGAUUUGCUUAUUUGCAUAAUGCCUCCGUAUGGCCUUCUUGUCACCCUCUUCGUGAAAGAGAUGUGGAAACCAAUCAAAAAGGGCAUCGGAUACUGUCUUAAUCCUUUGACUCAUGUUGGGAAUGUGGAAAAGGCUGUGAAUGAUUUGAAUGAUACUAUAGAUGACAUUAAGGAAAAAAUUCAGGCAGGUGAAUAUGAGGGCAAGAGACCGAGUGCACAAGCUACAAGGUGGAUAGAGAAAGCUGAAUCAAUUAAAGAUGAAUCUUAUGCAAUCAAGAAUCGCUAUGUGGCCAGGAGCGUACAUGUGUUUGGUUGCUCCUGGAAUUGUCGCUCUAACUACAGAAUUAGCCGUGCUGCCACAAAGAAGCUGGAUGAUAUGUAUGAGCACAAAAAGAGAAUUCCCCAGGAUGGUAGUAUGUUUUGUUUGCUCCCAACAGCCGGUAGAGAGUUGCCUCUGCCACCUAACAUUGUGGGGCAAAACGACUACAAGGAUAAGAUUAUUGGUUACGUCAAACAAGGCACCAUGAGCAUAAUUGGGAUAUGUGGCAUGGGAGGCUCCGGCAAAACUACUCUCCUUAAACAAUUGAACAACAUCUUCAGCUGCUCUGCAGAAAUGUAUGAAUUCGAUCAUGUCAUUUAUGUGGAAGUCGGCCAACAACAAGAUAUGGAGGGAAUUCAGAAAGAUAUAGCAUCUCAACUUUGUCUGGUGCUCGGACGAGAUGAAAAUACAACAUCGAGAUCAGUAUCCCUUCAUAACUUCUUGAAGGAAAGGAAGUUUCUUCUUUUGAUUGAUGAUCUUUGGCAAACACUGGACCUGGAGAAGGUCGGUAUACCACAAGGUUACGGGAAAAUUGGUCCUCCAAAUAAGCAAAUGAUAAUAAUUGCAACACGUUUGCAGCAGGUCAUUGAUGGUAUGAAAGGGCAUGAUCACAUGAUCGUCUUGCAAAGUCUCAAGUUUAAUGAAGCAUGGAACCUUUUCGAAGCAAAUGCAGGUGUUCGAAUAACUAAUAGUACACAAAUCAUAGGUCAUGCCAAGAUCAUUGUAGAAAAAUGUGGAGGGCUUCCACUCGCACUCAAGAUAGUUGGCCAGGCUAUGUCAUCAAAAGAAAGUGAACAUGAAUGGAAAUAUACCGUGAUGUUGAUUGAACAAUCACAGUUUUACAAAGUUCCAGAUGCAGAAAUGGCCAACAUGAUAACACACUGGAUGGGCCAUGGAUAUCUGGAUGAAGAUGAUGAUAUCGAAAACAACUAUUUAAGAGGUCACGCUGUAGUUGGAUGUCUAAAAAGAGCUUGCCUGUUAGAAGAACAUCCUCGACGGCGGAAGUUUUUGGCAAUGCAUGACCGCAUCAGAGAUCUGGCUCUUUGGAUUGUGGAAACAAAACAAGGAGAUGGAUCUAAUAAAACGUGGCUAAUUCACGGGGUUCCUUCAGGUUUCUUUAGCACUGCUACAUCUCUCAUGUACCUGGAUCUAAGUCGAACUAAUAUUACAGAACUCACAACAGAUAUUGGUGCAUUAGGGAACUUGCAGCACCUUAAUCUUUCAGAAACACCAAUCCAAUCACUGCCAAUGGAGCUGCAGCUGUUGAAAACUUUAAGAUACCUAUAUUUACGAUUUACAAAACAUCUCGACACUGUUCCAGAUGGGACCAUAUCUGCACUAAGCAUGUUGAAGGUGCUAGAUUUAUACAGAAGUGGCUCUUGUCCAAAGGAUAAAGCAAGGGCCUACAUUAUGGAGUUGGAAAGUUUGGCCAGCCUGCAAAUUCUUGGGUUCACAGUGGCUGAUUUGGAUUCACUCUGCAUGGUUUUCAAUCUGCCCAAAGUCUCCUUGAGAUUUCUUAGAAUACAAGAAACAGAAGGGCUGAAAUGCCUCGUUGCUUCACCUAGUCUUAUCAGCAAAAUGAGGGCUCAACAGCUCGAGAGGUUGGGACUGGAUGGAAUGGGAAGUUUGGAGGAGUUGGUCAUAGGUGAAGCCGACGUGGAUUCAGAUUGGUGCUUCCAAAAUAUCCGGCUGCCACAAAAUCAAGACACUGCCAUGGAUCAAGAAGCUGCCCUGUCUGGAAGAGCUAUAUUUGAUUGA